AUGGAAUCUGAAGAAAAAGUGAUGGAGAAUGAAAAUUUCUGGAUAAUUCCUGAUGCUGAGAGUUCCAUAAUGGAAUCAGACAAAGAAAGAGGUAGAGUUGUUGCAGCAUCAACAUCUAAGGUGCAUCUGCUAUUGGAUGAAAAAGCAGAGAAGCCUAGAUCCAAGAGAUAUAUGCUUGACUCUGACUCUGAUCUAUAUUUGGACUCAGGUUCUGAAAAACAUGAAUUAGCCUCAGUAGCUGUGAAGUGUCUCGAGGAUGUAAAAACAUUUCAGCUGCGUACUAGCCCUGACAAGCUCCCUGAGAAUUCCCAGUCAGAAAAAAAAACAGUGAACUCAGACUCUGAAAGCCCAGGGAUAGCCUCUGAUUCUGUGACACACUUGAAGAAGGCUGGAAUGAGCCAAAAUACCUGUAACUUGGAAAGACUCCAGGAAGGUCGUAUACUCUGGUUAGGUUCUAAAAGAAAACUAUUAGAAUUUGACCAUGGUAGACAACAGGCUAGCUCUGAAAAAUACCAGCUUAAUUCUUUAAAACCUCAAGAUAGCUCUGGAAUAUAUCAGAAUGAUCAUCUAACUUUUCAGAGUAGCUUCGAAAGGGAUGAAAGUCAAGCAGACUCCAGUUCUGAGACACAUCAGACACACUCUGGAAGUGAAAGAGAUCAAAAUGAGCCUGAAAGCACAGGAGACCUCAUAAAGAUAGAGAGCAGAUUAGAAAAUGAGGACUUUCAAAUGGACGAAGAAAGUAAAGGAAGUCUCAUGGAAUCCGACAAAGAAAAGGGACAGCAAAUUGAGCUUGACAGUGAAAGAUACCGCCAUGAUUCAGAAAACGAAGCACAGCGGCUUGGUGCUCGCAGAAAGGAUAAUCGUCCUCCAGGAUUCUGGAGGCCUGUUUCCCUGUCUCCUCAGCUUGGCCUGGGAAAGAAAACUGAAGAACAGUCUGUACAACAUUCAGACGACAGAGUUUCCAGUAUUCCAUUAAUGAAAUCCAAGAGUGAGAACAAGGAUGUGAAAUGUAAAGCGCUGUGUCCUUGCCUCAGUGACAAGCAACUCUCACAAGAAAUAAAGGAAAAGCACAGCUACAGCUCAUCCCCAGACUCAAACACAUUCACGGAUGAGAUGAAUCGCAGAAAAGCCAGCCACAAAAUAUCUAUCCAUAAGUGUCACUGCAAGGAGUUCACAUAUUCCCAUAGUUGUCAGAGUUUCAGGUCUCAAAUUAGCCACCCCCGUCCUCUAAGUUCUGAGAAUUAUAGCUUGAAUGUACCAUCAUCGUCCCAAACUCCAACUUCUACAAGUCCUAAGUGUGUCAUACAACAGAAAACCCAGAAAAAUAUUACAUGUUCUUUGAACAUGAAAACUCAAAGAUGUGCCAGAUAUUUUAUGGAAACCAGCAAGUCUUUUUUUCAUAAAUUCCCUAUGAAUUCUGAUGAUUCAGCCUCUGACUCUCCUUUGCCUACCCAAAUUUCCUUGGAUUCUAAACAUUCUCUGAGCUCCAAAACUUAUAGACACUGCAAGAUUUCUAGAAAUAGGCUUUUAUCCCAAUCCGCGGAUCGUAAGCAUCAUGUGGGCAGCCACUGCCCUCUGCACAAGGAAGAGUCUAAGCAUUCUUCAGAUUCAGCUUCUUACUUAAAUUGUGAAAGUUGUUCAGCUCUCCAAAAUCUCAAGGGCUCUACUGUUACCAGUACCUUUCCUAUGCACUCCGAAAAUGUUAUGGGCCAACAUAGUAUCCAUGGCCAGGUAGUGGCAACACCAAUAACACCAUCUGAAAGUGAGAGCAAGUUCAACCUUACUGCCAGUUUGCAAAGUGAAGAUAAGCCUGACAAUGAGACUAAACUUAGGAAUCCCAAAAAUGAGACUGAUGUGAAAUAUAAACUUCUUCCCACCAAUGAGACAAAUGAUGAAGAUGAAACAAAUACUGAAGAUGAAACAGAUGAUGAUGAAACAGACAGUGAAGAUGAAGACAACGCAAAAGAUAAGAAAGAUCCCAAAGAUAAAUCUGACCCUGAUGAUAGUGAUCCUAAAGAUGGUAACUCUGAAAAUAAUACUGAGAGCGGCAAUGGGUCUGAUCCCAGUGGUGCUGCUGAACCUACAAGUGGGCCUGAUUCUAGCAAUGAUGUUGAUUCUGGAAAUGCAAUUGAUCGUAGCAAUGAAUCUGACCCUGCUGAUAAUGCCACCAACAAUGAUGUUAACUUGAAAUAUAGCACUGAUGAAGUUAUAUGUGCUGACAAUUCAGACAAUGCUUCUGCCCUGAUUGAUGAUGCCACUCAACAAAAUACUGUUGACUCUAAGAAUAGCAUUCAUCCAAACUGCACCUCUGGAAAUCAAAAUAGAACUGUGCUGGACUUUAUUUCUAGUUCCAACAAUGAUAUUGACCCUAGAAACACCAUUGGAUCAGGAAAUGACGUGUACCCCAAGAAUAUUAGAUCAAUUUCCAACUGCAUUACUAGUCACAAACAUAUAGUUGCCCUAAACUAUUACUUAGACCAAAACUGUGUCACAGGGUUAACAUAUGAAAUAAAAUCUGUCUUUGCAGUGAACCCAAACUGUUCUGAUAGAAACCACUAUCUUGCUAGACCCAGGUUUGCAGCUAGUGCUAUCAGUCCUACAGAUACUAGGAACACCACUGAUUAUAGUGGUGCUGUUAGCUCUCAUUUUACUACUGGAAAAAGUUAUGCCUCAAACAAUAAGCAUUUCCAUAGAUUUACUUAUUGCAGUGACUUGAAUGUUACCAACAACCCAAAUUAUAAUGCUCUAAAUAUUCAGAAUAUUCAUUAUUUUGUUAGUAGCAGAAUUAUUAACAAUCUCCCUGAUCCUGAAUUGCAAAUCAGUUCCAAAUUCUCUAUCCUUAAAUUUGCCUACGGAAAUAUCUCAAAUUUUGUUCCUGACACAAACUAUAGCUCUUUUCCUGAUUAUUUGAUUGCCUCUAAAUUUCAUGAUCCACUUGAGCUUGGUAGAGCUUAUAUAAUUUUUGAUGACCAAAAUAUUGGUGCUCAGUUCCAAGAGUCCACUGGUGGCAUGGAUUCUGUUAACUAUAAGCAUGCCACUGGGUCCGUGGAUGCCCUUGAUGCCACAGAAUCUGGCUUUUUAAAAGAUUUUUCCAGGGUCCAGAAUCCCGUUGGCAUCAAGGAUCCUGCCACUUUAAAGAUUCUUUCCAAUCCAAAUAUUCCACUCCCUAAUUUUGAUGUUAUAGUGGAAGCUGAACUACCAGAUGUUGUGAAGUUUGUUAUAUCACCAGGUGCUCUGAAUCAAUUGUUGCAACUCAGCCUCCAAACAGGUAGGAGAAAAAACGUUGGCCUUUGA